CCCAAAUGAACCGCGAGUAUGGGAAGAAGAAAAUGCGAGUACAAUUCACCAAUUUGGAGCCCUAAUUGUUUGAAUUUUCAAGCAAAACCUAUACUCUCUAUACUCGCCCCCAAAUUUUCAGUAGCUGUGAUCAUCACAAUUCUCUACUGCCACUGCACAAAAUUGAGUACUUGGUUUGGGGGAACACAUUUUACCUCAAUGGUUAUGGACCUUGUGCUGCCAUCAGGCGAUCAUCACGAGAAAGAAAACUGUGGGCGGCAUACAUGUGUAAGGAUUGAAAGUGCAAGAGGAGAACUUUGUGGUACAGAUGGAGCUACUGUCACUGCUUCUAAGAGUGUUUACCUGGGAAUAGAGAAUGCAGGAACUAGUUGGAAUGAAAGAACAUCUAAUGGUGCAAAUGUACUGCCAAGCACAGAUUCUUUGGCUGUGAAUUGCUAUAGGAACUUGGAGCCUCAUGAUGGUAUGGAAUUUGAUUCGAAAGAGAAUGCCUUUUCAUAUUACAAAGAAUAUGCUAAGUCCAUUGGAUUUUCCUCAAUAAUAAAGGCUAGCCGUCGAUCCAGAAUUUCUGGAAAAUUUAUUGAUGCAAAAUUUGUUUGCAGUAGAUAUGGAAGCAAGCGUGAACCUUCUACUUCUGGUGCAGAACCUGUUCCACCUGCUGAUGCAGCAGGAAGUAAUCCUGUGAAGAGAAAAAAAGGCAGAAUAAACAGGUCUUGGUCAAAAACAGAUUGUAAGGCAUGCUUGCAUGUAAAGAGAAGGUCUGAUGGAAGGUGGGUUAUUCAUACUUUUGUCCAAGAGCAUAACCAUGAAAUAUUUCCGGAUUGGACCAGCUAUCCUCCAGGUGACAGGAACAUUGAUCUGGGUAAGAAUGAUGCAGAUGCAUUUCAUGCUAUCCGCGGGAGGACGAAAAAGACUUAUGCCUCGACCUCUAGGCAUUCUGGUGUUAUGAAGAAAGUUGAGAAGCAAAAGAAUGGUGGCACAAAUAGUAGUCCUCAAUCUUUGGCUUUUGAUGAGGGAGACGCACAAGUUAUUCUUGAGCAUUUUCUUUGCAUGCAAGAUGAAAAUCCAAAUUUCUUUUAUGCAUUGGAUUUGAAUCAAGAGAAACACUUGAGAAAUGUCUUUUGGAUUGACGCGAAAUCUAGGCUUGACUGUGGUAACUUCAGUGACGUAGUUCUUUUUGACACUACCUAUGUAACAAACGAAUAUAAGCUGCAGUUUGUUCCUUUUAUUGGCGUCAAUCAUCAUUUUCAGUCCAUAUUGCUGGGAUGUGGGCUGAUUGCAGAUGAGAGUAAGUCAACAUUUAUUUGGUUGAUGCGAGCAUGGCUCAGGGCAUUGGGUGGACAAGUUCCAAAAGUAAUUCUAACUGAUCAAGGCAAAACACUGGAAGAAGUUAUUGCUGAGGUUUUACCAGAAUCACACCAUUGCUUUUGUUUGUGGCACGUACUGAGUAAGAUCCAGGAGAAGCUUGGUCACGUCAUAAGGAAGCAUGAAAGUUUCCUCUCCAAAUUCAAUAAAUGUAUAUUGAGGUCAGCGACCAAUGAAUUGUUUGAAAAGAGGUGGUGGAAGGUGAUUGAUAGAUUUGAUUUGAGGAAUGACGUGUGGAUUAAAUCAUUGUAUGAAGAUCGGCUAAGGUGGGUACCAACAUACAUGAAUAAAAUCUUCUUGGCAGGAAUGUCUACGAUGCAACGAGCGGAAAGUGUUAGCUCUCUUCUUGAUAAAUGCAUAUUAUGCAAGACAACAUUGAAGGAGUUUCUAGACCAGUAUAAAAAACUGCUGAAAGAGAAGUGUCAAGGAGAGGCAAACGCUGAUUUUGAGACAAGAUAUGAACAACCAGGACUGAAAUCUCCCUCUCCUUUUGAAAAGCAGAUGUCAACUUUAUACACUCAUACGAUAUUCAAGAAAUUCCAAGUUGAGGUUUUGGGAGUGGUUGCUUGCCACCCUAAAAAGGAAAAUGAUGAUGGUGAAAAUGACACAUAUAGAGUCCAAGAUUUUGAAGUAAAUCAAGAAUUCAUUGUUGUAUGGAAUGAGAGGACGUCUGAUACUUCAUGUUCUUGUCAUUUGUUUGAGUACAAUGGAUUCCUUUGUAGACACGUGAUGAUAGUUCUUCAGAUGGCUGGUGUGCAUAACAUCCCCUCUAAGUAUGUUUUAAGACGCUGGACUAAAGGUGCAAAGAGUAGAGAGAAGACGAGACAAGUAACUUUGGUUGAUUCCAGGGUUCAACGCUACAAUGAUCUAUGUCAAAGGGUAUUUGAGCUAGGUGAUGAAGGGUCGUUAUCUCAAGAGAGUUAUAACAUUGUAUUUAGUGUUCUGGAAAAUUUUCUGAGAACAUGUGAGACCGUGAAUGAUGCAAAUUUAAAUGAAUCAGAACCGUGUUCUCUCCCAAAUCAAGGUCUUAAUGACCUUGAAGUAUUCACAGAUAGUAACAAUCCAAGUAAGAGUAACGGAAAGAACAUAGCAAGAAAAGAGAAGGAAGGACAAUUAGGUCUCGGAGAACCAACUAUGGAUUAUCCUUUCAGAUCACAUUCAGCCAUACAGCCAAUGGGCCACAUAUAUUCCAGAAUUCCAUUUCCUGAUGGCUACUAUAGCAGCCCCCAAAUGAUUCAAGGAGUGGGACAAUUGAAUACAAAUACCCAAGGCUAUGCCAAUCAUUUAAACAUGCUGGGGCUGGGACAAUUGAGUACACUUGCUUCAAUUGAAGAUGGCCCAUAUCUCUCUCAACCUAGAUUGCAUGGACUGGGACAAGUGUAUUUUAGGCCUGCAGAUGCUCAAAAUUCUUUUGGGGUUCAGGACAGUCUCCAAGAGUCUACCGUGGCCAAUACAGAGAACUUAUGCUCAAAGAAUUUAUCUUGACAAUAGCUCACACUGCAGUUCCUUGACCAACUUUACCAUCUAGUAGUUUGUACAUACAUGAGAUCAUUGCCUUGUGCACAGAACUUCAACAGCAUGGAAUGACGUUGUUGAAGAGGCAUGUCAAAGCGGAGUGAAUGUUAUUGUAGAGCUAGGAAGGAGCACAAGGGACAAGGUUGCAGUGGAGUGGAGUGUUGUAACAAGUAUGGAGUCUCGCUUGUUUUCAACAAUGUGAGACACUUCAGGCAUUAGAUUAUUGUUGUUCAAGGAUGAAGGCAAUGGACCAGAAAGUUUGUUUCUUUUCAAGUCCAAAGAUUUCAAAUUGCUUAAAGCUCCAAUGGAUCUUGGGAUUCCUCCGGUAAGCUUAUUCUCUCCCAAGUUGACAACUCUCAACUCUGGCCAAUUCAUCCAACAAUCAGG